AUGGAAAAUUCUGAUACGCACGAUUUGAUCAGGCAAUUGCAGGCGCAAAUUGAGGCACAGACACAAACCAUGCAGGAGAUUCAACGUAAACACGCGGAGGAGAUAGCGGCGCUGCGAGCACAGAUCCCACCACCAGAGUUAUCCGCCUCCAACAGACAGGAGGAUAACGAUGCCAGCCAUCAUGGUGGAGGAAGGAGGGGGCCUACUCCUAUGCGCCUCACUAACCUGCUUCCAUUCACAGAAGCCAUCAUGCAAGCAAACAUGCCGGACAAGCCUCCUCCAACCUUGGAACGCUACAAUGGUUCUGAAGAUCCUGACGACCAUCUACGUAAUUUUAUAGAUGCAAUGGCAUUCUAUACCGAUAGCGAUCCGGUGAUAUGCAGAGCUUUCUCCUUAUCCCUUAAAGGGGAAGCUCUGGAAUGGUUCCAUAAACUUCCCCGAAAUUCCAUAGAUUGCUUUGCAACCGUCGAAUCUUUAUUCCGAAAACAGUACGCAGCCAACAAAAAACCAGCGAUGACUGCUACUGAGCUUGUCCAUACCAGGCAGGAGAAGGAUGAGACCCUGAAAGCUUUCAUGCAGCGGUACAUCGAGACGGCCCGACGUGUGCCAGAUAUUACUCCCACCUUUAUCAUCAGCAACCUGUCGUCCUGCUUAACGCCGGGACAAGUCUCGGAACAACUAUAUGCUGACCCUCCAGCAUCCCUGGAGGAACUCCAAUCCACUAUGGCGAAAUUCAUCCGCAUCGAAGAUCACCGUAACUCCAGGAUGAAGCGCCAGCAGGAUGUCCCUAACCAGGAGGCAACAAAACCAACGAAACGACCCCCCAACGACUACAGACCAAAUCGACCACCUAGGAAGGAGUCGGGGUGGACGUCCAAAUACGAUCGCUACACGACUCUCAACGCACCAAGGGCGAGGGUGCUAGAAGAGGCCUUACACGCCGAACUUCUCACCGUGCGGCGAAGUGCCACUCCAAAGAACGCGAAUAACAGCAAAACUUGCCGGUUCCAUAUGAAUCAUGGGCACGACACGGAAGAAUGUAACGUAGUAAGAGACGAGUUAGAACGACUCAUUCGUGCAGGUUAUCUCCAGAACUACGUUAAGGAGAGAGUUUCCACUAGAGCAACAACUCCUCGUCGAAGAGAUCCUCCUAGGCGAAGUCCCCAGCGAUCUCCCCCUAAAGAUGGGGAGGCGUGUCGGCUUCGGCGAGGAAGCGACAUUUGA